AAAAUUUGGAGAAUGCUGCAGAUUUGGGGAAUUUGGGUUUCUCUUUCAUCACAUUCCCCAUUUUGGAGAAAGUUUUAGGGAAUCUGUUGAAGCAAAACACCCAAAAUCUUCUCUAACUUGGAGAAUUUUAAGAAUUUGGAGAAGCUGUUGGAGAUGCUCUAAGUGGACUUCCACACAUAUUUGGGGGCAAAUUGGGUACAGGUGAUUUACUUCCCACAUACACGCCUCGCAUGUGUGCAGACUUGAGAGGACUUGUGGCUCGUGGCGAAACUGGAACCUGCUGCCUACAAAUUUAGCGUCUUCUAAAAUCUUGAUAGCAGAAAAAGAAAACCAACCGCACCACCGGAGCUUCUCCUCUCGCUCAGAUUCUUUGAAUCGCUCAGACUGCAUCAACAGUAUCUACCAAAUGGCCAAAAGUAAUCCUGAUGAAAAGAUUCUCAGCUACAAUGAUGUGGUACUAAGACGAUCAGACUUGGAUAUCCUCAGUGGCCCAUAUUUUCUCAAUGAUCGAAUCAUCGAGUUCUAUUUCAGUCAUCUUUCAUCAUGCUCCGAGGAGAUUCUACUCAUUCCACCUUCAAUUACAUUUUGGAUGAUGAAUUGCCCAGCUGAGAGCCUGAAAGACUUCCUAGACCCUCUUCAUUUGCCCGAUAAGAAAGUGGUAAUCUUUCCUGUCAAUGACAAUGAUGAUGUGAGUGAAGCUGAAGGUGGAUCUCAUUGGAGCCUACUUGCAUUUGAGAGAAGCAUGAACACCUUUUAUCAUCAUGAUAGCAGUCGAGGGGGGUUGAGUAAACGUCCUGCCAAACGACUUUACAAUGCUGUUAAGAAAUUUAUGAGUGUUUCCAGUUCAGCGACUGAUCCCGUGUAUAAAGAGUGUACUGAUUCACCGCACCAAGUAAAUGGUUAUGAUUGUGGCAUGUAUGUGUUGGCCAUUGCAAGGAUAAUAUGCAGCUGGUAUGGAAGUAAAGACAAAGAUGGACAUAAUAUGUGGUUCUCUGCUGUGAAGGAACAAGUCACUCCAUCGGCUAUUGCUGCAAUGCGAGGUGAGAUCCUGGGUUUGAUCAGAGGUUUGAUGCCCAAAAGUGAGCUUUAAAUAGUUUUCUUUAAGUCUGGAACUUGACAUAUAGUUAGCAGGUAUGUUACUCGUUACAAGACUUAACAUAUCUAGUUCUCUUUACUCUUAGACCCGGGGACAAAAACCUAUGCAAGUUGAAGCAUUUGAUGGCAUUGUUUAGCUUACAAUAUUUCAGGUGUAUAUUACAAUAUUACAAUAUUCGAGUGUUGGCGUAUAAAUUUUACUGCUGUUUAGAAUACAUGUUCUGUAUGCAGGAAAUAGCUCUAAAAUGCUUGUUUGCAUGGAGACUAUAUUAUGUUCUGCUGCUCUAAGAUUGCUCUAAAUGCUACACUAUCUUGUUAUUGUGUCCUACACAAAGUUCUGCUUGCAGGACACACAGUUUAGCGAGCUUUCGAAAGAUUGUGGUCUUAUUUGAUCUAUUUUCUUCAUCUCCAUCUCUUACAAGUUACAAUAAUGGAAGAAAGACUACAGAAAAGGCGGCAAACCAUCAGUACCAAGACUGCAAGACCAAUGGAGAAAA